UGGAACAGUGUCAUUGCAUCGCUGUAUGUCUUUUACUCAUACUUUUACUGGUAAAUCCCAUAGCCUGAAGUCGCGUUAAUCUUCGUGACGAAGGCUCGGCUGAAAUUUUCCUGCGGCGUUUUCCACUGCUGCUACUCUUGCAAGGUUUGUCCAGAGCCGCCUGUGGCACAGCCCUUGUCUUGUUUAGCCCGCGAUGGACUACAAACGGAAGCAGGCGGGGCGACCGAGCUCGUCACAGCAGAGUGGCACAAAGAAGCCACGCCGGCAGAAUGACGAUGACGACGAGCCGAUGGACUUCGAAGCAGAGCUGGCCCUCAUGGAGCAGCAGCUCAGCGAGGAGCAGGCAAUGGAUGAUGUAGAGUCCCAGGAGUCUGUUGCUGGACCUGCCGACGUUUGCACGAGUGCACGGUGGGCACGGCCUCCGCUGGCAGCUCCAUGGGACCCCGCGGCGCGCAGCCUCGAGUUCCAGCAGCUGGACCUGGACCACUACCUGGGCGAGCCGCUGCCAGGCAUGCCCGGAAUGAGCCGCGGCCCCAUCCCCAUCGUGCGCAUGUUUGGCGUCACCGACGACGGACACAGCGUGCUCUGCCACGUGCACGGCUUCCUGCCCUACUUCUACAUCGAGGCACCACCAAACUUCCGCAAGGAGCACUGCUGGAAUUUCAGGGAAGCAUUGAACAAGGCUGUGCUGAAGGACAUGCGCUCCAACAAGAACAACCUGUCGGACACGGUUGUUGGCAUCGACAUGGUCUUAAAGCAGAGCAUCUAUGGCUACAACAGCAAGGGCAAGACGCCCUUUCUCAAGGUCACCAUGGUUCUGCCCCGGCUCAUUGCACCAGCCAAGCGGUUGCUGGAGACGGGCAGUGUGUCCGUAGAUCCCUACGGAGCACCCAGUUACCGCAUCUUUGAGAGCAACGUUGACUUUGAGAUCAGGUUCAUGGUGGACACACACGUGGUGGGCUGCUGCUGGAUCGAGCUGCCCCGGGGCAAGUACAAAGUUCGCGACGACCGCAGUCGGGUGUCACGGGCACAAAUUGAAGUGGACGUGGCAUGGGAUGACAUGGUGUCUCAUGCGCCAGAGGGUGCCUGGGCCCGUGUCGCUCCUCUGCGCAUCCUGAGCUUUGACAUCGAGUGUGCCGGCCGCAAAGGCAUAUUCCCAGAGCCGGAGAAGGACAGUGUCAUCCAGAUUGCCAACAUGGUGGUGCGCCAGGGCGAGAAGGACCCGUUCAUCCGGAACGUCUUCACCCUCAACACCUGUGCACACAUCGCGGGCUGCGAGGUUCUUUGCUUCCAGCGGGAGCAGGAACUGCUCCAGAGAUGGUCGGACUUCUUGCGCGAGGUGGACCCAGACGUGAUCACGGGCUACAACAUCCAGAACUUUGACUUUCCCUACCUGAUGAACCGGGCCAAGCAGCUGCGGGUGGACCUGUUCCCAUUCCUGGGGCGCAUCCGCAACUGCAAGACGCUGCUCAAGGACGCCAUCAUGCAGUCCAAGCAGAUGGGCCGCCGAGAGAACAAGGUGGUCACCAUUGAGGGCCGCGUCCAGUUCGACCUCCUGCAGGUGCUGCUGCGUGACUACAAGCUGAGGUCGUACACGCUCAAUGCGGUCAGUUAUCACUUCCUGCAGGAGCAGAAGGAAGACGUCCAGCACAGCAUCAUCACAGACCUUCAGAAUGGCACAGACCAGACGCGUCGUCGCCUGGCCGUCUACUGCUUGAAGGACGCCAUGCUACCGCUGCGUCUGCUGGACAAACUCAUGAGCGUCAUCAACUACAUGGAGAUGGCCCGUGUCACGGGGGUGCCCAUGACCUACCUGCUGUCACGGGGGCAGCAGAUCAAGGUCAUCUCGCAGCUCCUUAGAAAGGCUGCCGAGCAGGACCUGAUCAUGCCGUUGGUGCACUCGGAGGCCGGCGAGGACUUCGAGGGUGCCACAGUCAUCGAGCCGGUCAAGGGUUUCUACAGUGUGCCCAUUGCAACGCUAGACUUCUCGUCCCUGUACCCAUCCAUCAUGAUGGCACACAACCUGUGCUACACGACUGUGCUGGACAACCGGCAGAGGGAGCAGCUCAAGCCGGACCAGUUUAUCCGUACACCGUCGGGUGACCACUUUGUGAAGGCCUCCGUCCGCAAGGGACUCCUGCCCGAGAUUCUCGAAGACCUGCUCAGUGCUCGCAAAAAGGCCAAGACCGAUCUGAAAAAUGAGACGGAUCCAUUCCGUAAAAAGGUGCUUGACGGCCGUCAGCUUGCUCUGAAGAUCAGCGCCAACUCUGUUUACGGCUUCACGGGUGCCCAGGUCGGCAAGCUGCCCUGCCUUGCCAUCUCCAAGAGUGUCACUGCGUUCGGCCGCACCAUGAUUGAGAAGACCAAGCAGGAAGUGGAGGCCAAGUACACGCGGGCCAACGGGUACGAGCACGACGCCAAGGUCAUCUACGGCGACACUGACUCGGUCAUGAUCCGCUUCGGCACCGACACACUCGAGAAGGCCAUGGAGCUUGGCCGUGAGGCUGCGAACUACGUCACCGCCAAGUUUGUACGCCCCAUCAACCUUGAGUUCGAGAAGGUGUACUACCCAUACCUGCUGAUCAACAAGAAGCGCUAUGCGGGCCUGCUGUACACGCGGCCAGAGACGUACGACAAGAUGGAUUGCAAGGGCAUUGAGACGGUGCGCCGAGACAACUGCCCCUUGGUGGCGAACCUCAUCAACACCUGUCUCGAGCGCAUCCUCAUCAAUCGGGACCCCGAUGGUGCAGUGGAAUUUGCGAAGCAAACAAUAGCCGACCUGCUCUGCAACCGAGUAGACAUCUCACAGCUAGUCAUCACCAAGGAGCUCACCAAGAACGACGGCGAGUAUGCCGCCAAGCAGGCUCACGUGGAAUUGGCGCACCGGAUGCGCAAGCGAGACGCCGGCAGCGCUCCGAACCUGGGCGACCGUGUGCCGUACGUCAUUGUGGCGGCAUCCAAGGGCACGGCUGCCUACCUCAAGUCGGAGGACCCCAUGUUUGUGCUGGAGCACAGCGUGCCCAUCGACACGCAGUACUACCUGGAGAACCAGCUGAGCAAACCCCUAAUGCGCAUCUUCGAGCCCAUCCUUGGCGAAGCCAAGGCAGAGUCCGUGCUAUUGCAUGGCGACCACACACGGACCAAGACCGUGGUGCACUCCAAGGUUGGUGCCCUGGCAGCCUUCACGAAGAAGAAGAGCACCUGCAUCGGUUGCCGAGCCGUGCUGGAAGAUCAGAAUUCUGCUGUGUGCAAACACUGCAAGACAAGGGAGGCUGAGAUUUACUUAGUAGAGGUGAACCACCUGAGCAGCCUUGAGUCCAAGUUCUCACAGCUGUGGACCCAGUGCCAGCGCUGCUCGGGGAGCCUUCAUGAGGAGGUGCUCUGUACCAGCCGCGACUGCCCCAUCUUCUACAUGCGAAAGAAAGUACAGAAGGAUCUUUCGGAUCAAGAGAAGGUGGUCCAUCGCUUUGGGCCAUCGGAAUGGUGAAGGCAACAAGGCAAGGCAGCUUCUAGUAGUCAGUGGCGUUACUCUCCAGCUGUCUCCAUAUGUACAUAUACGUGUGUCCCUGUGUUCCAUUUUAACUUCAGCCAAGCAUCACCAUGAUCAUGUGAGUGGUGUUGCUCCCAGCAAUGCUGUGGCAUGUCUUAACUGCUUCAACUCUGGACUGGCUGUCUUGUGACAUCUAGUGCCUGCUAUGCCACACGAACUGUCGUCUAUGAUCUCUCCAUCUUCAAACAAGUAAACUGUUGUGCACUUCUGUGAGACUGCAUUCUGAAACUCCUGCAGUCCUGCAUUUCCCUUCUGUUUUGUGCUUUUAGAUGCAAGCCCUUGAGUGCUGCCACACAAACAUGGUGGUUUCAAUUUUCCAGUGCGCCACCUUCAAUAUUUAUUGUUGUCUAGCAACUGCAAACAUUAGUUGUUUUAUAUUUUAGGAAAACGCCUGGCAAGGUUUUUUUUUUUUGCUGGGCUUGCGAUCUGAAGUGCCUCUGAGACAAAAAGAAGAUGUGAGCCACUGCCUGUGCUAAUGUAAAAAAAAGGAACUCUGUAAACUGUGCUGUAAUUCCCAAGUAGCAGUGUGUGUGACAUCAGUAGCUCAUUGGUUCCUUGUAAGUAGCUUUUAGUUCUUUUGCAAGUAGGACGUUUUACCAUAAGAUAGUAACCGUGUUGAUUAUGUAUGCGUGUUAAUGAAACUGUUUUAGAAAACUCGUAGUGUUGUGUUAAGAUAAUCAUCUAUGGCACUGUACAAUAGUUUGUGGGCAUCCUGCCGCUAACACAUGUGCCCUGAGGCUAAGUGCUUUCUAGGGUGCAAAGGAAAGCCAUCUGGCGAGGAAAUAAACAUGCCUGAAAUAAAAUAUACGUAGCUGCAGAAAGCAAGGAUGAAAAAUAAGCUUGACAUUUUGUGGCUCAUACGGGUACCUUGUAUACAGGGCCUCAAAUCUUCAAGCCGUUUUUAUUUCUUGCUAUCUGUGGCAGGUAGGCGUUGUUUUGAAAUCUAUGCCUUGCUUUUGUGGCAUUUGCUGGUCAGGAAACAUGGUGUUGCAUUUGUAUAGUAAUUACCAGAAAUGUGUUAUGCUCGUUUGAAAUAAAACUUUUUACUCGAGAAUUAAAUUGUACUUAUUCUG